AUGACACACAGUCAGAGGCUGGCAAUGACACACAGUCAGUGGUCGGCAAUGACACACAGUCAGAGGUUGGCAAUGACACACAGUCAUAGGCUGGCAAUGACACAGAGUCAGAGGCUGGCAAUGACACACAGUCAGAGGCUGGCAAUGACACACAGUCAGAGGUUGGCAAUAACAAGCAGUCAGAGGCUGGGAAUGACACACAGUCAGAGGCUGGCAAUGACACACAGUCAGAGGCUGGGAAUGACACACAGUAAGAGUCAGAGGCUGGAAAUGACACAUAGUCAGAGGCUGGUAAUGACACACAGUCAGAGGCUGGUCAUGACACACAGUCAUAUGCUGGUAAUGACACACAGUCAGACGCUGGCAAUGACACACAGUCCGAGACUGAAAAUGACACACAGUCAGAGGCUGGCAAUGACACACAGUCAGAGGCUGGCAAUGACUAACAGUAAGAGGCUGGCAAUGACACACAGUCAGAGGUUGGCAAUGACACACAGUCAGAUGCUGUCAGAGGCUGGUAAGGACACACAGUCAGAGGCUGACAAUGACGCCCAGUCAGAGGUAGGCAAUGACACACAGUCAGAGGCUGGUAAUGACAAACAGUCAGAGGCUGGCAAUGACACACAGUCAGAGGCUGACAAUGACGCCCAGUCAGAGGUAGGCAAUGACACACAGUCAGAGGCUGGUAAUGACACACAGUCAGAGGCUGGUAAUGACACACAGUCAGAGGCUGGCAAUGACACACAGUCAGAGGCUGACAAGGACACACAGUCAGAGGUUUGCAACGACACACAGUCAGAGGUUGGCAAUGACACACAGUCAGAGGUUGGCAAUGACACACAGUCAGUUGCUGGAAAUGACACACAGUCAGAAGUAGACAAUGACACACAGUCAGAUGCUGGUAAUGACACACAGUCAGAGACUGGCAAUGACACACUGUCAGAGGAUGGCAAUGACACAUAG